AUGAUCGAGUCCCAGUCCACGCUGCCUGCGCCCGCGGCGGAUGAUGUCUCCACGUCAAUACUCCCCGCCGGCAUCGGCAAAUACUCUGCCGCAGAGAAUCUGACCACAGAGGCGAUUGCCGUUGUUGGCGGGUCCAAACACGGUGCCGCCCUCCCCGCCUAUAACGCCCGAACCCCAAAAAUAGGGGUUCUGAUGCUCAUGGUGCAGGCCCCAAGCGUGGCCCAGUUCGUGCGCAAUAUUGGGAACGAUGUCCAGCAUCCCGAUAUCCUCGCGGAAGCUCAGGGUGGUCUCCGCUCCCCGUUCACCCUCUUUCGGAUAGCCAGGGGUCGUGGCUAG